UAAAGCUUGAUGCAGAUUGGCAUUAGCGUGCAAGUCAGGAAUAGGAAGGAUGUAAGAGCAAGAGGCCAGAAGAGCAAGGAUGUGGGUGAGGGUGAGAAGAUUAGUGGGUUGAUAACCCCGAUUGUUCUUCCUCAUAAGCCGCCUUUGAAGUCAAUUUGAAGAAUGCAGAAUAAUGGGAAAUAUUAUAAUAAGAGCAAGAAAUCUAAAACAACAAAAAAUCUUAAUUUAACUGAAAAUGUCUCGCUUUGUUCUAAAAAUGAUUAUUCAAGUUGUUCAAAAUAAAGAUGAAGACAUUGCAGAAAUGAAUUACGGGAAUGUCUUUCCCGAGUCUUCCUCCUCAGAUUUCAUUACUAAUAUUGUCAGUUCUCCAGAAAGUCAAUCUAACUUAUCAAGACCAAAAAUUGUGAAGCCUCUAAAGAUAAAUAUAAAACUCCCUAAAAUUGACAGGAGACUAAACAAUUCUUUGAGGUACACCCAGAACGAAUAUGAAGAAGCUAAAAAGUCUGAAGGAGACCUUGACUCACAAUCUUCACUCACAACUAGAAGAAUAGUUGCUAACCCCCAAGGGACAGCAGAGAUGCAUGGGAAAUCAUUUGAUAUGACUAAAUAAAAUGAUGAAAAAGUAUUCAAUGAUCUUAUCUUCCUCUCAAAAUCAAACAACAAAGAGAUCUGAAGCGAAAACUGAGUUACGGGAUCCUAAAUAUUCUAUCAGGCACCAACCUUCACAACCUCCUUUAGACCUUCUCUGGGGGGAAGCCAGGGGUAAAUAAAUCUCUCGGAAUUAGAAAUAUUGAGAUCUUCAAAAAUACUGACAAUUCCUCCUCACCCUAAAUCAAUCAAAAAGGAAUGAAUUUUUCGUAAAAGUAAGAAACUGAAAUGAACAAAUUCCUCUAAAUCCCAUGAAAGGAGGGGGAAGAAUUUCAAUAUUUUGAGGGAUGUUAG